CUUGUUUAAUCACUUCCUAGUCCAAAUAUUUCACAAUAAUUAGCAAAUGUUUGAGACUUACAUUUUCAUAAAGUUUAACAAUUAUUGGUUGAAUAAGCACACCAGAUCAAUAAUUUGAGAUCAAUAUUUUUAAGUGGUGAAUGCAUUGUGAGAGAUAUGGUAUGUUUUGGUUACUACAUUCAUAACAGUAAUGUUAUUUCUACAAAGGUUCAACUUCUGAGAGUUUAUUUGUAUAAGAUAGGAAAGGUUUAAUUAAUUUUGUUGAGAAAGCAGUAUUUGAGACAAAGGAAAUGUAAAGAUUGGAAUAAAAAUUUCACAACAAAAAAUAUUUUCAAAAUGACUAUGAAAUAACUGCAAUAAGAUAUAAGGACAAGCUAUAUCUAUAUUUAGACGCUGUAUAGAUCAACUGAGUAAACAGGUUUCAACAAGAUUUUCAACAAAAUGGCUACCGGUGGAAAAAUAAAUACGGAUAUUCUUUCUGAUGAAAUAUUUGAUGUAUUAUGUUCAAUGUGUAAAAAAAAUAAAGGUAAAAACACUGAAGGUGAAAAAUUCUGUGUAGACUGCCAUGAUUAUUUCUGCAUAAAUUGUGUAAAGAUUCACAGUCAAGUGCCUGUAUUAGCUGGUCACAAGGUGUUGGAUAAAUCUCAAGUUAAGUCAGGAACCAGUAAAGGUCUACCGAGGGCACCAGCAGAGAGAUGUGACAGACACAGUCAUAAACACAUUGAUAUGUACUGUCAGAAUCAUGAUAAUGUUGGCUGUACUACAUGUAUGACAAUUGAUCACAGAUCAUGUAAGGAUAUAUUCUACAUACCAGAAUUCAUCCAAAAUAAAUCUUAUCAAGUGGCUUCAAGAAAAAUUCAAACAAAGCUGAAGGCAUUAGCUAAGACUCUUGCUGGACAAGCUUACAAAUUUCAACAGGAUAAACAGAAUCUUCUGAAAAGAAAGGCUGAGUUACUGGACUAUAUCAGAAAAUUCCGACAAGAAAUUAAUGACCAGCUUGACAAGCUGCAGAAAAGUUCAGUAGAUGAGAUAGAAAAUAAAUUCAAACUUCUUGAAGACAAGAUUGAAGAAGGUCUCAAACAGCUACAAGCGCACAAAGCAAACGUUACAUCAGCUCAUGAUAAAUUAGUAUCUCCAAACCAAAAUCAAGCUGAAUUGUUUGUUCUAGUGAAGAUUGGGGAAGAUGCUGAAAAUGUUGCCAAUAAAUUUAUAGAAGAUACCAAAAUGAAGAUUACAGUAAGUGACAUAGAAUUUCAACCUGACAGAAAACUCCUUCAACAGCUGAAACAAAACCAAACCAUUGGCAUGCUGACAGAGAAAACUACCGACAAGUUACUUCAGAUUACAGGAGGACAAUCAUACUGUGUCAAUGUUAAGUCUGAUGAACAAACAUGUGAUAUCUACAGUGCCUGCUAUAUUGAAGAUGGUAAAAUAAUCCUAGCUGAUUUCAACAACAUGAAGCUUCAACGGUUAGAUAGUCACAAUUAUACCAUCACAGAUUGUUAUAAUCUACAUGAACAGCCAUGGCAAAUAUGUAAAAUUCAUGAAUCUCAAGUAGCAGUAACAUUACCCGCAAAACAAGAAUUUCAUUUUAUUUCUGUUGGCAGACAAAUGAAAACAAUGUACAAGAUUAAAACUGAUUUUGACUGCCGUGGUCUUGCAUAUGCAAACAAUCAUUUAUAUAUUUCAGAUGAGACAUCAGUAUAUAUCUGCACAAUGACUGGCAGGAAACUUAAACAAUUUAGUACUGACCAGUCAGAACAGGAACUGUUCUCUAUUAUAAACAGUCUAGCUGUCAGUAAGGAUGCUACAAGGAUUUAUGUUGCUGAUGGUUAUAAAGGACUGAUUGUACUAGACAACAAUGGUCAGAUUGUUACAACAUUUAAUGGUGAACAAUUACAAUGGGCUAAUUAUUGUCAUCUCACUGAAGCAGGUAGUGUGCUGGUAUCUGGAUUUCACUCCAAUAAUGUUUUACAGUUUACAUCUGAUGGUGAGCUGAUAGGAGAGGUCAUAAAAGAUUACAGUGGAAAACAAGGAAUUUGGUCAGUUUGUUGUAAUCAACAAAUGUCUAAGUUGUGUAUAAGCAAAGAAUAUGAAGACAACAUUGAAGUAUAUGAUAUCUGAUCAGUUAAUAAGUAAAUGAAUACAAACAAGCAUAUAAUCAUGAUUAUUGUAACAACUUUAAUGACAGAAUGAAUAUAAACAUGAAAUGUAACAAACAAAAUGAAAAAAACAACAACAAAAAAAAAACAACAACAGAAAACAAUACUUAUGCACUGUAUGGAAUAAAUAGUAACACAGAUUAUUUGUCUUCAAACAAGUAACUACGUAGAAAAUUAGAAAUAUGCUAUUUUUUAAAGUUAAUAAAUAAGUACUCGUAAAUAAAAGUUGUGUGCAUGCCAUAUUAAUUUAUUUUAUGUGUUGUAUUUUUUAUGCCAAUUAUGUGUUGAUAUAAUAUUUUAAUAUCAUUAUUAUAAUAGCAAGUCCACUCACUCAACUGUUAAACAUAUAUAUUACACAUUGAUUUCUUUUAUGCAUUGUAUGUUAUUAA